ACUGAGCGGGGUCUGUAGUCAAUGCUUCUGCUUCGGUUUGCUAUUCGUUUCAUUCGUUCCUCAGUACGCAACGCGCCGUUAAAGAGAUACGACGUGCGCACGCUAUCUCGAUAUUAGAAAUUCGUUUGUUUAUUAGUAAUUAUAACUCAAUAUAUUGCAUUCCUUAGUCAAUUUUACCAUUAAUUAUAAUAACGUUUUUCAAGUGAACUUAACGGCUUUAAGACUGAUAAAUAAUAUUCAUGAACUGUGACUGUGUUUAAACCGUUCCGAACAUUAAUAAAACGGUAGGAUACAACAAGUGAGACGGAUCGAAAUGAGCGGAUUGACCAUCAGAGUUAAAAGAGGAUCGAGGGGUAGUGCUACUCUUCUUGAAGCAGCCAACAGAAUUCUGCGAUUACUUGGUGUCAGUUCUACAAAGCGCGGGAAACAGCCCUCGCCCAAAACUAAGACCAGCAGUCGAGCGGCGAACGAGGUUCGGGCUCCGAUUGCUGCUGCGGAGUCGCUCGUGGAGUCGCCAAUAAAAAUGCAAGCAACUCCAGCUACCCCGGUGCCAACACCUGCGCCGACUGCCUCUCCCGCGCCCAGUCAGUCCUUCAAACCGACGAAAAGAACAGCUAAAGACUAUAUAUUUGGCAAAUUGAUAGGCGAAGGAAUGUUUAGCACAGUAUUUCUUGCUAAAGAUAUACACAGUGGAAAAGAAUAUGCAAUAAAAGUAUGUGAAAAGAUCCAUAUCAUCAGAAAAAAGAAGAGAGAAUACAUAAAAAGAGAAAAAGAUGCAUUGAACAUGUUGUUUAGCGUUCCACAUGGCUUUGUAAAACUAUAUUGCACGUUUCAAGAUGACGAAAGAUUGUAUUUCGUUUUGUCGUAUGCCAAGAAUGGCGAACUAUUAAAUCAUAUUAAUACAGUUGGCUCUUUCGAGCUAAACGUAGCAAAAUUUUAUGCCGCAGAGCUUUUAUUAGCAUUAGAAAAAAUGCACGCUAAGGGGAUAAUCCACCGUGAUUUAAAACCGGAAAAUAUUUUACUGGACGAAAACAUGCACUUACAAAUUGCUGAUUUUGGAACUGCCAAAAUUAUGGAUCCUAAAGAAAUAAAAUCAGGAGUUAGCAUUCAAGAGGAAGAUGAAUCGAGAAAUGAGCGUUCAAGAAAAAUAAGCUUUGUCGGAACUCCACAGUAUGUUAGUCCCGAACUGUUGCAUAAUUGCUUAGAUACUCGUACAUCUGAUUUAUGGGCAUUUGGAUGCAUUAUAUAUCAAAUGAUAUCGGGAUUACCUCCGUUCCGUGCUGCCACUGAAUUUCUAAUCUUCCAGAAAAUCCUUAAAAUGGAGUACGAGUUCCCUGAAGGAUUUCCCGCUGAUGCGAAAGAUUUAGUUGAAAAAUUAUUGGUUUUGGAUCAUAGUAAAAGAAUUGGGGCAGAUGAUCAAGGGGAAACUUAUGAAAGUAUUCGAAAUCAUCCAUUUUUUGCCGGUAUUGAUUGGGACAACAUAUGGGAACAAACUCCUCCAACGAUAAGCCCCUAUUUACCUGGUGGCUCAUUUGAAGAAGAUUAUAAUGUCCCUGACCACUUGGAGCCAGGUUUAGGAAAUGACCAACUUGUGCGACUAUGGAAGUUCGAUCUGUCUACUUCAAAAGGAAUCUUGGAUAUUAGUCCUGAGGAAAAACGACGUCGUCUUGAAGUUCAAGCUCGUGAAAAUAAAUGGCACCAAUUCGUCGACGGAGAAUUGAUUUUGAAACAAGGACAAGUAGAUAAAAGGAAGGGUCUAUUUCCACGGCGACGAAUGUUACUGCUGACCACAGGACCUCGCCUAUUUUAUGUUGAUCCCACCAACAUGGUGCUUAAAGGUGAAAUACCGUGGUCUCCUGAAUUGCGCGUUGAAGCUAAGAACUUUAGAAUUUUUUUAGUGCACACGCCUAACCGGACAUACUAUCUUGAAGACCCAGAUUCCUAUGCCUUAGAAUGGCAACGCGUCAUUGAUGAGGUGCGCAUCGGCACAUAUGGGCGGGACACGACUUAAGGCGGCGACACGGCCGCUGCCCCGAGUCGCGACCGCGCCGCCGCCGCGGCCCCCCCCAGGGGCCUUGCGCCCCAACCCAUAACCCCCGCCCUCGCAUGGCGUGUGCACACUUCUAGGAUACAUCUAGCCUUUUCAUGUUGAGCACGGAAACCAUCAGCCAGAAAGCUUUCGCGAUGAACGACUCGUGUUCUGAAUAUUGGCGUCCUUUAAGUUCUGCAUCGGCCGGCGUGGGAUCGGCUGCGCUCUGGUAGUUUGCCGGUCUGCCAGUCUACCGUACUCCGCUGUAAGGCGAUCCGCGAGUUGUGGGCGGCGCCACAUAUGUUCCAAAGCGCAUUGAGAGACGCCCGCGCCCGACGCUUCCCGCACCGGAGGAUGAGCUACGAGACGACAUCGCUAUCGAUCGAUCGCUGUUGAUAUGAUAUACUGAAUGACUGAUUCCUAUUAUUAAUAUGUCCCGAAUAUCUUAAAUUAUUGUUCUAAUUUAAGUUUCUUAUUUAAAUAUGGAUAUCGGUAUGUAAAUAUUUGUCUUAAAUUAUUAUUGCAAUCGCUUAGGUAUAGUAUAAUGUGUAGUCGUGGGCCGUUGUAAUUUAUACGGACCUUUGUAAGAAUGGACUUGUUAUUCACCACCCGCGUGUUCACAAAGCCCAUUCCGGUUGGUAACUAGGCAAUUUAUAGCUAAAUUAAAUAUUAUUUAUUUUAAUUUUAAUGAUUUGCCAACGGAAUGUGACUGCUGUACAGUUAUAACAGUAGGAAAUUAUGAUCGGUAUGUUUCCAUAUAUUAUUACGUUGCUGAUGCGGUGCCUAAAACAAUAGCGAUUUAAUAAAAGAAAUUAAGUAGUAUAAUGAAUCGUUGCAAGGCCCGGUCAAUAUAUAAUAAUGACUACGUAUAAAUGGAAACAUGCAAGGAGUAUAGCUUCAUUGAAAAGAACUUGACGGGAAUGCGAAAAAAGACAUGAAGCAUGUCCUAUCACGCCGCACUCCCCUCUCGGUUCACCUGCUCUCCGAGCGCGUAGUCGCGUCUCGUAGAGGGCCCUACCACGCUUCUAACGUGCGACGUAUGCGUGCACUAUAAUCCUUAACUUAGCAAAAGUAUACGGAUAAGGCCACCAGAGGUGGCUAUUAUUGCUAUCGGAACGCUUGAUAAAUUUAUCCAAAUUACAUAUUUGUUAAUUUAGAAAUUGCUUGUCGAUAGUAAUUCAAAUUUGUUUGUUUUAAUGUUUUUAUUACUAUAAACAGUUAUUUGCAAAGCCACCUGAAAUAUUCAAUGUCAUGGCAUUAAAGGACAUGGUAUCCUAUCAAAAUUUAAUGAUUUAUUAUAAUUAUUAUAGCUUGUUUAUAAUAGUGUAUGUAUUAAAAUGCCUAAAACUUGCCUGGAAUAUUUAAAACUAGGGCUUAUUGUAAAUUUGGAUUAAAUCCAUAGUUCAAUAAAACUCUCAUAACUAGCAAAAAGUAGGGUAAAGUUCCGCCAUUAGGACCGAAAACUAUUCUAUUCUUUUAGUGGUAUCAGUUAGUAUAGACAAAGAAUGCAAUAGUUAUCAAAAAUAUUCGACCAUACCCAUGACAUUGUUAUAAUAAUUCUGCAUUUAAAAUUUAAUAACUGUUAACUAUUGUAAUUAUAUUUUACAACAUUUGUAUCGCGUAAAUUCCAUGAAGUAACAAAAUAAGAAAUUGAAAAUAAAUUGAAGUUGAUUUUUUA